AUGAACUCUCUACUUCUCAGGCCGCUCCCGAGCGCGACCACGAGCGGGAGCCUGGUCGGUCGGGUCUCCCCGGCGGCGCCGAGGCGUCCCGGCGCGGUGGCGUGGCCCCGCGACGGGAGAUGCCGUCGCGGCGGCGUUGCAGCGGCGGGGGCGUGGAUGGAGGAGGCGGGGACGGCGGUGCUUGAGGAGGCUGCGCGGAGGAACCCGGCGUUGUCGGAGACUUACCGGCCGGCGGGGCUGCCCCGGCCCAACGGCACGGUGCUGGAGGCGCAGGGGCGGGUGUGCACGGGGCCCGAGCAGACGCGGCCGCUCGGGGAGGAGCUGGCCAUGCGCGUCCUCGAUACCAUCCUCCGCUCCGCGACGGGGGAACUCAAGGACGAGCCGGUGUCCAGUGCACAGCUGGGUGCAUUCUUUGCUGGCAUGACAAUAAGAGCUAAUUGUUUUCCGGAGGCCACCCAAUGGAGUGAGGGGGAGCGACGUGCCAUGAGCCUAUUCUGGCCACGCCUUGUGCAUGUUCUUCCUCCGGAGGUGAAGUUUAUAGCAGACCCUGAAGGAACGAUCAUGGGAGCAAAUGGUUUAACAGGACCUCGUUAUAUUGGUCAAGGAACUGCAGAGAUGAGACUCGUUGGUGCUUUGAGGGAAGUGCUUGCUGGUGGCCAUUUAGGUUAUGAGGAAAUUCAGUGUGUACUAAAGGAUGUUCUACCAUUUGGAUCGAUGGGUGCAAGUUCACCAUCAGUUAGUGAAGCACUGCUAGCAGCAUUUUUAAUUGGACAGCGGAUGAAUAGGGAAACCGAUCGUGAGCUAAAAGGAUAUUGUCUAGCCUUUGAUGAUGAACUAGGUAGCCCUCCCCCAAUUGCUGAUGUUAAUUCCUUGACACACUAUGGUGAGCCCUAUGAUGGGAAUACACGCUUCUUUAGGAGUACUCUGUUCGUUGCGGCGGUUAGAGCCUGCUAUGGUGAGGCUUGUCUCCUUCAUGGCGUUGAAUGGAUGCCACCUAAGGGUGGCAUAACAGAAGGGCAGAUGCUUAAAUUCAUGGGUGCAAACACACACUUGUCUCCUACACAGGCCAAAACACUAUUGGAGGAUAAGGAUACUGGCUUUGCAUAUCUGAAUCUCCAAGAAGCUUGCCCACCAUUAUAUUCGAUUAUCGGGCUCAGGGAGCAUAUUAAGAAAAGACCACCGUUGGCUACCUCUGAGAAAGUUCAACAAUUUGUGAGAGCACGGGGAAGGGAGUCAAUGGUUGCUGGAUUUUAUCAUGUGGGCUAUGAAGAUCCAUUGCUUAUGCUUAUGAGAAGGAGAACUGUUCAUGCUGGAUUAGUUGUGAAGGGCGAGGAAGGUGCACUUUCUUUGACAACCAAAGAAAGAUCGGCCCAUGCUUCCAAAGGGAUUCCAGUGAACCACUGCUCGGGGUUCCGGACACCAAGCAGCGCAAACUUCUCCGAAACUGACGGUAUUUCUAGAGAAAGCUUCAGAGUUGCUGUGAAUGCUCAGGAACUUGGUUUCAAGUCCACCGAAACUCCAAGAACUGAUAAAUCAGUACUGAAAAACUUGGAGCUGGGUUUGUCAGCGCUGGGUGGAGACAAAGGGCCUGCUUAUGACCGAAUAGUUCUUAACGCAGCUAUGGCUGACCACUUGUUAGGCUGCAGCGGAGCUCAGGAUAUCAACUCCGCGCUUGACAGGGCAAGAGAAGCCAUCGACAGCGGUAAUGCUCUGAGAAGGCUCAUGAACUACAUAAAAAUCUCGCACAAGGUGUCCUAG